UGUUAAGGACGAAGAUUUUUAUCCGUUUCCCGAAGACCCUGUUUGCCACUGAAGAUGCUUUUGAGCUGCAGAAACACACGAUUGUCACUAAGAUCCAGGCAGAGUGGCGAGGAUUCCAUCAACGACAGAAGUACCAGAAGCAACGAUCAUCAGCAAUCACGAUACAGUCAUGGUGGAGAGGGGAACUAGGCCGCAGAAUAGCCACUCGCCGGAAAAAUGCUGCUCUCACCAUCCGCAGAUUUAUCAAGGGGUUCAUUUAUAGACACAAACCGCGCUGUCCAGAAAAUGAGUACUUCUUGGAUUAUGUCAGAUACUCCUUCCUGAUGAAGCUCAAACGCAAUCUGCCAAAGAAUGUUCUGGAUAAAUCCUGGCCUGUGCCCCCCCCAGCACUCUCCGAGGCCUCAGAGCUGCUGAGAGAUCUGAAUAUGCAGAACAUGGUGCAGACUUACUGCAAGAGGAUUACUCCCGAGUGGAAGCAACAGCUGGAGCAGAAAGUUGUGGCAAGUGAAGUGUUCAAGGAUAAAAAGGAUAAUUAUCCCCAAAGUGUUCCCAAACUCUUUGUCAACUCCAGGAUUGCAACAGAGGAGAUCAACGCCAAAGUGUUGCAACUUAUAGAAAGUGAUAAAAUCAAGUACGCUGUGGCGGUGACUAAGUACGAUCGGAACGGCUACAGGCCGAGAGCACGGCAACUGCUGAUCACUGCAGACAGUGCCUUCAUUGUGGAAGAAGCCAAACUCAAACAGAAGAUUGAUUACACCAACCUGAACGGAAUAUCAGUCAGCUCCCUGAGUGAUGGGCUAUUUGUUCUCCAUGUCCCUUGUGAAGACAACAAGCAGAAGGGUGAUGUUGUGUUGCGGAGUGAUCACGUGAUUGAAACACUGACAAAACUGGCUAUGGAGGCUGAUAAAGUGAAUAACAUCAACAUCAACCAGGGCAGCAUAAAGUUCACGAUCAGACAUGGGAAAGAAGGGAUCAUCGAUUUCACAUCAGGAUCAGAACUGAUUAUUUCCAAAGCAAAGAAUGGACACCUGUCCGUGGUGGCUCCUCGACUCAACUCCAGAUGAUGCUGGGAGUGAGAUCCAGCAACAGCUCAUUGUACAGAUGGAUGGUUUGAAGAUGUGCACCAAUAACUGGCGGCAUCCAAAAAAAAAGGAGCUAGUGCGUUUAUUGGUGAGGCAUUCGAGUAGUCCGCCUUAGCCCCAACCCUCUAAUUUCCUUUACACUUUUUCCCUUGACUGCCAAAGCCUGUGCUUCCAAACCAGGAACAGAAGAUUCCAGGUUAUACUUUAAUCUCACAAAAAAAAGUUUAAAGAAAGUUUAUAUUAAAAAAUGGCUGUCAUUAUCAAUGACUCACUAAAUUUAAUCACACCACUGCCUCAGUGCGUGUGUGAGAUUUAAAGCAAUAUAAUAUAUAUAUAUAUAUAUAAAAAUAUAUAUACAUAAUCCACAAAGAAAUCCAAGUGGUUCUAAGAAAGCUCAAUCCCUUCUGAUUCCAUGACAUCACAGAAAGGUGUAGACCAAUCUGGGGGCAGGAGGGCUCCUUUAAGGUCAGAUAUCACUGAAGAAAUGAACCAAGCGAUGAUUUUUUUUUUAUAUGCAAGUCCUUUCUCUGGAGAAGUUUCUCUGAUUAGUUCCUCGGUGAGCGAGUCAAACCAUGAGGAGUUGAUUUUUUUUGUCUCCCCUGUAAUUGCUUAUAACGUCUGUCCUACAAUUGAAGCCACUGGAUGUUGCUGUGGGAACCUCUGCAAAUUGCAUCAAGGAUGGGUUUCACAAAGCCAGGUCCACUUUUAGUGAAACUGUUGAUUGAGCAGUGCAGCUCAUUGGUCAUUGAUCACUGCCAUUGUUUUAUUUGUCACUUCCUUGACUAUUUAGAUGCUGCAAAAGUGCUGUUCAGGCCUGGUUAUGUGUAUUAAAAGACAAAUUCAACAAAUGGAGGGCAGCAUAAAUCAGAACAGGACGCAGAGCAGAUCAGGUUGUUUCAAAUCAACCUGAAUGCUGGAAAGUUUGGUAGACAUGUUUAACUUGGUGCCCGCAGCACUUUGGUGGCACGAUAUUCCAAUAUUUCCCAGCACUUUGUCCAGUAAACCAUCAGCAGAAUGGUACAGAUCAUGGACCACAUUCCUCACUUCAUCUUGAAAGCAAGUAUGGAUCCAUCUCAUAAACAGGAAAUGGAUCUCCUGUAAAUUGACUCUUGCUCCCUAUCCCAUCCAUGAAUCGUCCAUUAUCUAGUGCCCAUUCACCAGCCUAUCCACCAGAGGCCCUCUUGUUCGAAGCUCUAUUCAUUUUGAAGGAAUGAUGAAAGUUUGAACAACAGGCUGAAGAGAGAGUGGACCACUCAAGGUGCAAAUGUACAGUGACUUACUUUCAGGGCAUUGAGUGAUCCCACCAGUGUGAGGUGCAAAAGAGGUGCCAAUAUCAACUAACUACUGAUCUAUGAAGUUGUAUUGGAAGGUGGGUAUCAAGGUGGCAGAUUGGAGAUUGUUUUAGCUAUACAAAGCUGGCCGCUGUAGCUCUUGAGACCUUGCUCACCUGGUGGUUCUGAGCUAACUGCAAUCUCCAACGUACACCAGCUCCAGAGGAACAACUCACAGUAUCAGUGGUUUGGCAGAGACCUGAACAGAAAUCUUCACUUCAACCCAUUGUCGAACAGGAUGAGAAUUUCAAAAGGAAAUAUGCUUCAAAAAUUAAUGAAAAGAUUGUAAUAACCUUUAUAUAGAUGGACGUUAUGUGAAACCAUCUCAUUUUCAAUAAAAAUAUCCCAAUUCUU